AUGUCUCAAACAAACACCCAGAAGCCGCUCCCCUUCGGCUACCAGUUCGCUGCUGGUGCUGUUGCCGGUGUGUCUGAGAUUCUUGUCAUGUAUGUGCGAUUAUUAAUUCCUUGUUCCUUAUUCCUUAUCACACGGCGAUAUCGGCGUCGUAAUCGGAUUCGAAAUCGGGCGCAUUGGCUAACAUGUGAACAGGUACCCGUUGGAUGUGGUCAAAACAAGAGUGUACGCUUGAUUGUUCCUGGGUUUCAAUGCGCUGUGCUGACUGUGUAUAGUCAACUCCAGACCAAUGUCGCCGCCGCAAGCGAAGAGGGAUACAAUGGCAUGUUCGACUGCUUCCGCAAGAUCAUCAAGAAUGAGGGUCCCUCCCGUCUAUACCGCGGAAUCUCCGCCCCCAUCCUAAUGGAAGCCCCCAAGCGCGCCACCAAAUUCGCCGCCAACGACAGCUGGGGCUCCUUCUACCGUAACCUCUUCGGCGCCGAGAAGCAAACCCAAGGCCUAGCAACCCUCACUGGCGCUACCGCAGGAGCCACGGAAGCCUUCGUCGUCGUGCCCUUCGAACUCGUCAAGAUCCGUCUGCAAGACCGCUCCUCCGCCGGGAAAUACAACGGCAUGUUCGACGUCGUCCGGAAGAUCGUCGCGACAGAGGGUCCGCUCGCCAUGUACAACGGCCUCGAGUCCACCCUGUGGCGCCACAUCCUGUGGAACGGAGGAUACUUUGGCUGUAUCUUCCAGGUGCGCGCGCAGCUGCCCAAGGCCGAGGUUGGUAACAAGGCGCAGCAGACCCGCAACGAUCUGAUCGCUGGUACAGUCGGUGGUAUCAUGGGAACCGUGCUGAACACUCCCAUGGAUGUUGUCAAGUCGCGGAUCCAGAACACCACCAAGGUGCCCGGACAGGUGCCCAAGUACAACUGGGCAUGGCCUGCUGUUGCGACUGUGAUGAAGGAGGAGGGCUUUGGUGCGCUGUACAAGGGAUUUAUCCCUAAGGUGCUGCGUUUGGGCCCUGGUGGUGGUAUUUUGCUGGUUGUGUUUACUGGUGUGAUGGACUUUUUCCGUAAGAUGCGGGGAGAGUAA